AGCCCGGCCAUUUGGCUCCUCUGUAACAGUUCUCUGGAAAUUCAAGUUCGGUAAUUAGUAUCGUUGCGAGCAUUAACACCACGGGACGAGGAUGUUGCUCGAAAUUUGCCUAUUCUGCUCGAUGAUUCUCGUCGACGUUGGGGCGACCAUCGAUUCUGGAAGUGACGCGGGUUUCUCGGAGUGUUCAACGAAGGAGUGCAAAGAAUUUGCUAGGAGGAUACUAACGAACAUGAACGCCUCGGCGGAUCCGUGUGUGGACUUCUAUGAAUAUGCAUGCGGCAACUGGCCGAGAACCGAGUCUCUUCCGUCCGGCGAGAUUUGGCAGAUGCGAGCGGCCUCCGACAGCGAGAACAAACGAAGAGUCGAAGAGAUGUUGAACGCGGAGCUGCGUGGCGACGAGAUUCCUCCGGUCAAAGUUGCCAAACAGUGGUACAAAACUUGCAUGGACACAGAGAGCAUGAAUAAACGAGGUGUGCAGCCAUUACUGUCAAUACUGGAUGAGAUCGGUGGAUGGCCGAUAAUAACCGGGCGAAACGAGUGGAACGAGAGUGGACAGAAAUGGCAGAAUAUCGACGACUAUUACGCUCAUUUGCGCGGAUUUCAUUUGUUGCACGACGUCCGGGUCGCCACGUACGGCGCCAAUGCCAGAGAGAAGACCGUGGUUCUGGACGUUCCCAGCAUGCCACCGUAUUCGUGGACGUUGUGGGAAUUUUUCAAUCCAGCUGACAAUCAGACACUUGGCAGCAUAAAAGAUCUAAAUUAUUGGAAGUACAGCAUGAGGAUAGUUUCGAAAAUAGCCGAGUCCGGAGGAUUUCACGUGACGAAGGACGAGUUGGAAGAAGACAUGAAAGAGAUAUUUAAUUUCGAAUGGAAAUUAUCGGAGAUGUCUAGUUUGGUUGAUGAUUACGUGAACAUGACUGUGAGAGGGUUUCAGAGAUGGUACGACAGCUUGAAACCGCGUACAGAGAACGCUAGAAUAAAUUGGGUAGACAAAGUAACAGGGAUUUUUAGAGAAUCAGGUAUCGAUAUCACUGAGGAUACGGUGUUGAAAGUAUCCUCACCCGGUUACUAUGAAAAGUUAGUUCCCUUACUUGACGAAACUCCAAGUCGGAUUGUAGUGAAUUAUCUACACUGGAGCUUCGUUUCGUCGAUGAUCACAAAAACUACCGACGAGAUGAGAGAACUGGACGAGAAGAUGACCGAAAACGAUUCGAACGAACAACAAAACAGGUCGGACUUGUGCAUCAAGGAGGCGGAAAUAGCGGAUGUCGUCGCGUACGAAUACGCGAGAAGAUAUUUCUCCGGCGACGUGGUGAAAAUGACGUUGAACGCGUUGGAUGACAUGGAGGAGGAAAUGAAGAUCGAGAUCGGAGAGUCGAAUUGGGCGAACAAGGAAAUAAAAGACUUGGCACUGAGAAGAGUCAAAUUUAUAAAGAAGAAUAUCGGUUAUCCGGAUUGGUACAACAACGCCACCAUCAUGGAAAAUUAUUUUGAAAAGCUCGCGAUGGGGCCGACGUAUUUUGAAAAUUCUCUGAGCUUUCAGAGAUAUUACAAGUUGAAAGAAUUGCGUCUCCUGAAGCAUAAAGACGCAGCAAAAUCAUGGAUUGUCGAUCCUCUGACGAUCAAUGCGUUCUACUUGAGCGAAUCGAAUUCAAUCACCGUGCCACUGGCGAAUCUACAGAAACCCUUUUUCAGCAAGAAUCAGCCAAAUACGAUCAACUAUGCGUUGACUGGAUAUUUAUUAGCUCACGAAUUGCAUCAUCCAUUUGACGAGCUAAAACGUCUUUUCAAUGAACGCGGCGAGGAAAUAAGCUGGCCAGAAGCAAUGACUAAACAGUACUAUAAGAGUGUCCAAUGUUUCGUAGAUCAAUACGACAAUUAUACUUUAAAUGGAACACCUUCUGGCCCAAAAGUGAAGAAUUAUGGCAAUCAGACGUUCGACGAAAAUAUGCCAGACACCAUGGGACUGAAAACUGCUUUCAAAGCGUACAAACGAAGGGAAAUUAUGAACGGCGUACCAGAAUUGAAAUUACCCGGUUUGGGAAUGUUCGAUAACGAUCAGCUUUUCUUCCUCUCGUCUGCUAAUCUAUGGUGCGAAACCAGAGAUUCCGAGGCUAUAGUUACAGAAGCGAAACUGGACAUGCACAGUAUCGGACGAUUAAGAUGCAUUGGAGCCCUCUCGAACAAUCAAGACUUCGCUGAAACAUUUUCCUGCCCUCUGGGCAGCCCCAUGAACCCCAAGAAAAAAUGCAACAUUUGGAAAAUAUAAUACAUCGUAAUUCUUAAAACUUUCAACGAAUAAAAAUUCAGUGCGCAAGAAGACUGCCACUGUGAAAAUGUAAUAAAAAUAAAGAGGGAAAGGAAACGUA